AUGCUGAAGAAAGGGCGAGCGCGCUUCUUGGACAAAUUCAAGUCCAAGAGCGGCACAAGCAAACCGCUGGAGGUCCCCGACGAAGAAAACCCAGAACGCUCCAUGACGGAGGAUGGAGAACUGACAGAGCACGACCUGCGCAUCGGACGGACGGGCCUGCGUAUCAACGGUGAGGCGGCCCGAGCGGUCCAGCUGGAGGUCAAGCCCGAGGACCUGGAGGACCUCGAGGUCACCCUCGGCUCCGGCGCCUCGUCCGUCGUGCGCAAGGUGAUCGGGCUCGACGUGACAGAAGAGGUGCGGAACAAGCUCUUUGUCGAACUGCGGACGUACCACUCGUCGUCGCACCCCUCCAUCGUAUCCUUCUAUGGGGCCAGCUACGAGGAGGGCAGCAUACGCAUACUGCUGGAGUACAUGGACGGUUCGCUUGCGGACGUGAUCAAAAACAGGCCGCUGCCGGAGAACAUUCUGUCCAAAGUGACCGCUCAGAUCCUCAGAGGACUUUCCUACUUGCACAAGGACCUGCACAUUGUACAUAGAGAUAUCAAGCCGGCCAACAUUCUAAUCAAUAAGCGAGGGGAGGUCAAGGUUUCGGAUUUUGGUGUGAGCACGCAACUGAAGGACACGCUCGGGCUGGCGGAGACAUUCACCGGCACUGUAACAUAUAUGGACCCGGGACGCAUCGCGGGUCAGCUUCACAGCAGUAACUCCGACGUGUGGUCGCUCGGGUUGACGAUUAUGGAGUGCGCCCUGGGCUACUACCCCUACCGACCACCAAGCAAAGAGAAAGAAUUCUUCGACCUGUACGACGCCAUAGUCAACCACGACCCACCCUCCCUGCCUGGCGAUCAGUUCUCCAAAGAAUUCUGCGACUUUGUUGCUGCCUGCUUGUGCAAGAACGCCACAAAGCGACCCUUUGCCGCCGAACUGUUGGACCAUCCCUUCAUCCAUAAGUACGAUCAGGAUCCCGUGGACGUUGCCGAGUGGGUGCGCACCGCGCUGGCCGAUCACAUGGACGUGUAG